GUUGCUGUUAAAAUUAAAAGCAUCGCUCUCUGGCUUAUGACAUAAUCUUGUAAAAGGUCAGGACAGCAAUGAAAAAUUCCUCCAGCCGACCAAGUCACGCAGUUUUAGGUUUGUGCACAACAUACAUAAUUCUUAUGCUAACGAUUUAGGACUUUAUGCACAAGAACUUCUGUCAGCAAAUGCUAGCCUGUGAUACGUGCAAGAAACGAAAUGACAUCACUUGUCUCUCUCACCUCUGGUACUGUGAGUCAAGGCAUUAACCAACUUCAAUAGACGCAUCUUCACAAUAAUCAUACUACUCCCCCAUAACAUGGCCAUCUUAUCCGACUUGCCCGACGAGACACUCCACCGAAUUCUCGAAUUCGUCACAACUGAUCGCCCCUCUCUUGCAACCGCCAGCCUCGUAAACAGCCGCUUCAACAAAAUCGUCUUUCCUCUCCUCGUGCGCCAAUGGAGCAAUAGCCAAGAAUGUCUUGAGCCUUCGAUAGAGAGACUUGCGCUUCAUCUUCUUCGAAACCCUGAUCUUCGACGGCACGUUGAAAGGCUUGACUUUGGAUAUAUUCGGCCUUUGCACGACCAUGAUCCUGAUUUAGUUGACUUGAGCACUGAGAGUCUAGCUGCUCUUGCAGACGCUGCUGAGGAGCAUCUGGAGGUAUCCAAGUUUCUCUCUACUCACGUGUGCCAUCGUAUACGCCUAGGGUGCGAGGAUGCGAUCGCCGUUUUGAUCUUGGCCUGGUGUACGAGGUUAACCCAUCUGAACCUCACAAUACCUUCUUUCUAUCCUGAAUCUCGCCAACAUUUUAUGCCUCUGCUUUACGUAAAGGAGGCUAUUUCUCGACAUCUUGAUGAACCGGCUGGAAUAGCAUCGCAAUUGCCUUUGGGUCUGGUCAGUCAUGUCACUUUGCAACCCUGGAACAGCGAGGAAGUUUUCGACAUGGCAUAUGCUAGAUCGUUUCUGCACCUUCCUUGUAUUCAGACGUUUUGUGUCUAUGGCUUAAUGGAUGAUCUGGAAAGCGAGUUGGACGACGGGGACAAUGAACUUCCUUUAACAUCCCGUGAUGAUUACGAGCUGCCUUUCCCAGUUUCGACAUCACCAAUCACGGAGUUGACCAUUGUGGGGUGUUUACGAUUUGGAGUCCCAGAGUUCAUCACGGCAUGUCGGGCCCUCACAAAGCUCAACGUUCGAGUCGACCAUGGGCUGGACAUGUAUGGCUUUCCAGACCAGAAAGAGCUAGCGCAGGCUAUUUUGAAACACAAAGGCUCUCUGGAGGACCUGGACCUCGACAUUAGUAUGCCACGGUUUCCUAGCCAAGACCCUGUGUUGGAGGAAGCUUAUUCAGACAUGUCACGGAUCUGGACUCUUGCGGUUCAUAUCAUCGACUUCUUCGAAGAUGCCGUCGAGGGCUGUACCAAGAUCGUCCUUGAUCGAAUAUCCAAGUUCUCAGGCCUCGUGCUCCAAGGUUCAUCGAAGGCUGGGUCAGUAGUAGCAAUGACCCGUUCCUUGAGCCAUACCUGGAGGGUAUUAUAGAACUACUUGAAGAAACCGGACCACAGGGGCGGCUUAGCAAGUUGAGAGUCCUGGACCUCUCGGAAGCAUUUGUGGAUGAUCCGAUUAUGUUUGAUAUCAAGAGGAUUAAGCAGUUGGCCACGUCCAGAGGGGUCAGGCUUUUGUUGCAUGACUGAACAACAGUCAAUACUCCGGAGAAGUAUGCAAGUAACCCCAAAACCUUAUAUCAUCCAUUUGCCUCUGUCACUUUUGCUCAUAGUUCUCGGGGAAAUGCCAGUUUGCAGGUUCGUCCUUUUCAAUGUGAUGUUAUCCUCAAUGCCGAAAGCUUGUUCAUGCAAGGGAGUACUCACUGCGCUGGACGCGCGUCUUGGCUGCAGCUGUAAGUAGCCCUGGUAUUCUCAUGCGUCUGAUAUUGGUGCCACGUAGAGUGCAGGGACCCACAGGUUUGGAAACGUCGCCCAAUAGUAGUACCCCAAGAGCCAGAAGGGAUGCAACUCAGCGCUGAACCAUCUCUACACGACCUUUGGGGUCAGGUCGCCCAUGUGCGGGAUUUGUUCGUUUCCUCGAUUUCUGCGAACUGAUUAAAUUUGGUUCACCCUACCUCUGUGCUGUUAUACAACUUCCCGUGGCUAUGAGCUUAUAACUGACAUUUCAUCUCGCUGUUGCGCCCACAAUAGAAGUAUUUAAUCUCCCGUAACCCAUCUACCUGCAGGUAAGGUUAUCGUGGCAGAAAGCCAGGUCAAGAUGUCAUACAGCAGUCUCUGCAACAUCUGAAGGGACGUGGACUUCUAUGGCAUCUUCACAGGCCGCGAUUACGGCAAUUACCCCGAUGGAUUCAACCCCUACCGGGCAGAUCUUGAUACUGACAAACAAGUCCCGAGAACCUGGAACUGCACCAAAAUGCAUGCAAAGUGCUGUGCUUUUUGUAUGUUGACUUUCCAUCUGAUACAGACAUUCAGGACCAUAACACGCACUCCCGACCGUCU